GCGAAGGGGGGGUGGUGACAGAGAGCAACAGAGAUAGGAAAGCCAGAGAGAGAGAGAGAGGUCCUUCACUUCAACCACAGCUGACAACAAAAAACCCAGAGAGUUCACAGCAGGAAAUGACUUCAGUACACACUGGACAAAGAGCUCUCUCCAUUUCUGCUAAUGUGAUGAUGGCCUCUGCUGCUUUCAUAAAAGACACAGGCUGCACAGGCAUGCUGUACGUCCUCCUGUUUGGACUACUGCUGCCUUCAGUGUCUGCGAUUAUCCCGUCCUCCUCCACUACUGCCUCCAUGUCAACCGCAGCACCUACUACCACCAUGGCAGCCAUGACAACCACCGGCACCACCCAGUCCCCCACUGUCAUGACCACUGGAGCCCCAGCAGCCACCACCAAUGGACCCACAACCACGGUCCAGUCCCCCACCGUUAGCACAGCAACCCCCACCGCCCAGCCUGCCACCUCCACCACUGUUGGAGGUACAACAAUUAGCAGCACCACCCAGUCUGUCACAACCAUAACCACCUCUGGAGGGAUAGCAUCCACCCAGUCCCCUACACCGGCAGCAACAUCUGGAGGUACAGCAUCCACCACCCAGUCCCCUACACCGGCAGCAACAUCUGGAGUCACAGCAUCCACAGGACCCGCCACCCAGUCUCCCACAACAACCUCCGGAGGCAUAGCAACCUCCAUCACAUCCACCACACAGUCUGGCACCAGCACCACAGCUAAUUCUGCAUCUACAGCUGCUAUCACCACUGAUAAUUCAGUCAAUGCUAUUAAUCCAGGAUCCACCUCUGCCUCCUCUACAUUUGCUUUAACAGCCACCACCAUGUCCGGGCCUGCCUCCUCCUCCUCCUCCUCCUCCUCUUCUUCCAUGACCUCAAACUCUGGUCCUUGGACCUCAAUGAUGUCCACAACUCCUUCAUCAAACUCUACUUGUGGCAUGACUGGUAUGAAUGGAACCACUAUGAUGUACUGCCCCUCAUUCACCUGUAACUACACAGACUGCUAUACAAUGUACACCAGUCAGAAUACAACAUUAUGUGCUGAUGGUGUCUGCUUGUGUCAGCUGAUCAAACAGACGGACAUGUGUUACACCGUUGGCUGCAGCUUGUCCUGUGCUGAUAGCUGCGUCAACGCCUCUCAGACCAACUGCUCUGUGUACUGCUGCAAUUCUACCGGCUGCCUUAAUAGCACUUUUGCAUCCAUGAUGAUGAUGAAUACAACCACAGUCAUGCCAACGACAACAACCAAACCCACAAUGAAAACCACCAUUCUUACGACAACGGCAGACAAAGGAAACAAAUGCCAUGUUGGUUCAUGUACUGGCACAGAUUGCUACAAAACUUUUCAAAAAGCCCAGACAUGCACCUCCUCACAGCCACACUGUCAGCUGAAAAAGGAGAAAAAGGAGUCUGUUUUGAAGUGGACCGCAGGCUGCACCACCAACUGUUCUGCCCAGACUCCAUGCAAGGCCUCCAUAGAACCUCCAUGUCACCUGGAGUGCUGCAACGCCACUAUGACCUCCUGCCUGUGGUUGAACGGCACGCUGAAUGUCCCUAAUUUCUCCACAAGAGGUCCUCAUCUCCACACAGAAUUGGUUGCUUCCUUAUUUUGCCUGCUCGCCAUCAAUUUACUGCUCUGAGUCUCUGAGUAGGAGCUAGCUCAGCUGCUCUGCGGGUCAUUAGGUAAUCAGAGCUUUGUGUCAUUCCUCCAGAGAACAAGCUUAGCAGUGCAGAGGAUACCACUACUUCAUUUAUCUCACUGAUAUUCACAUGUGAUUGUAAUGUAUAUAUGUAAGGGAAUGUGUAAAGCCUCAGUUACAAUGUUGACUUUGUGUCUCCUUUUUUUUUUUACAUUUCUAAAUCCCUUUUUAUCUCUAGUUCAAGAACAACCAAAAUGGCUUGAACAGUAUUUGUAAAUGAAAAAUUAUAUCUUAUAUAACUUCAGGAAUCACUUUACAUUUUAGGUGCAAAUCACCUCUAAAAUUAACAAUUAUUUUUCACUUUAAACCUUUUUUCUCAGUGGAUUUUUAAGAAAUAUUUUUGAAUCACCAUGUAAUUUAUUUGAGACAUGAACUUGCCCAUAACUGAAUUCAGGAACUGUUCUCUUGAAGAAAGCUAAAACUGUUUUUGUUUGCACCUAUCGGAAUUACUUUUUUCCGGGUGAGUGAGCCUAAACACGUUUUUUUUUAUUGAUGUGGUUAGAAAUGUUUUAUUACUUUAAACUCUCCCUAGAUUAUCUUCUCUGCCAUUGUGAGAGUAUCACAGCUUUGACUCUAAAUGCACUUUAUGAAACACACACAUGUUGAGCUGUUACAGGGUGUUGUGAAGGUUUGCUGAAGGUUUAAUGAAGUGUGCAAUUUAGUACUUUGAGCUACUCUUUAGUUGAUAUUUUUGUGAAUUUUGAGGUGUCUAUAUUGUGUGGUUUACAGAGAAUAUUUUAAGGUAUAAUGGUGUCAUGUAAAUGUUAAAUGCAAUUAGAAAUGUUAAAAUGUAUUCUAGUUGUGUGUACUGUGUAAAAUAUGAUUGUGCCUUAUAAUUAAAUGAGCUAUAAUAAACUAUA